CUGCAGAGCAUCAAUCUGAGACUGCAGAGCUUCCUGCCUGAGAGUGCAGAGCAUCCUGCCUGGGACUGCAGAGCUUCCUGCCUGGGACUGCAGAGCAUCAAUCUGAGACUGCAGAGAUUCCUGCCUGGGACUGCAGAGCAUCCUGCCUGGGACUGCAGAGCAUCCUGCCUAGGACUGCAGAGCAUCCUGCCUGGGACUGCAGAGCAUCCUGCCUGGGACUGCAGAGCUUCCUGCCUGGGACUGCAGAGCAUCAAUCUGAGACUGCAGAGCUUCUUCCUGCCUGGGACUGCAGAGCAUCAAUCUGAGACUGCAGAGCAUCCUGCCUGGGGCUGCAGAGCAUCAAUCUGAGACUGCAGAGCAUCCUGCCUGAGACUGCAGAGGAUCAAUCUGAGAGUGCAGAGCAUCCAACCUGGGACUGCAGAGCAUCCAACCUGGGACUGCAGAGCAUCCAGCCUGAGAGUGCAGAGCAUCCAGCCUGAGAGUGCAGAGCCUCCUGCAGAGACAUGUAACACUUAGAGACUGCUCUACAUGUGACACUGGAUCCCCCACCACCAGCUGGAGACUGUAAUGAUGUAACACUGGCUGAGACCACUAUUCAUUGGGAUAAACAUGGAGAAUGUAAAAUCCGAGGGAGUAUACCAAAAAGAUCCAUAUACGAGAUGGAAGCUUCUGGUCAUCGGGAUUCUGCUUGUGUGGCUAAUGUUAGUCCACCUCCUGGUCAGUGUGUGGCUUCUUCUCCUUUUCUCUGCAGUAAUGGCUGCUGCCGGAGCCUGGCUUGGACCACAAUUUAUACUCGGCAGUGCUACUCCAAUUCACCUUGAAAGGUUUAUUUCCUUGGAGAGAAAUAGCCAGUCUCCAGAUGCCGAGGAGCAACUAGACAAAGAAAUUGGACUAACUAUACAGAAAAUCAUAAAGGACUUUGUCUCAUCCUGGUACCGGAGAUUAAGCCACGAGACAGCAUUUGAGGAAGAAGUUAGAACAGUUAUGUGGGAUCUGUCCAUGGAGCUGAAGAGAAGAUUGAGUCUUGCGGACCGGGAAGAACUAACACGAAAGUUGCUUAUUCUCGGCGGUUGCCAUCUGCAGUGUUAUAAAUGGGCCAAGGCACGGGUUGAAGGAAUUGAAAAUCCUUUAGAGAGGGAAUCAAGAUUAUGGGAUGCAUACCAGGAACUCAGCCCUGUCCACCGAGCUCUCUCCAGUCCUGGAAAGGAGGUCCACCAUGCUAGAUGGCUGGUGGAACUCUUUCUUAAGCAACUUGUUCAAAGUAAUCAGUUGUCGAGUCGUACUGGAAGGCACCUGGUUGUGGAACUUAUUGCCUGUAAUGUUGUAAUGCCUCUUGUGGGAAAAAUGUCAGAACCAGAUUGGAUCAAUAUGGUUGUGACCAAUGUUUUCUCUAAAGCUCCACUGAAAGUGGAUGAGGCGAAAAAUGAGCCACCUGUCCAGUUAGUAGUGCCAAAAUCUCUUCCCCUGGGAGUUAAUCAGGAAAUUACACCUCAACUUGUCUUGCCGUCGCCAAUGCCAUCAAACGUUUCCAGCUAUGAUGUUAUAGAUAGUGUGGAUGUGGACCAGGAAAGUGAGGGAGGAUCUAGAGACACAUUGAAUGGUAUAGAGGAGUUGACAUCAUGUAAGACUAAAUUAGACAUUUUCUCUGUGAAUUAUUUGCAGCCCCCAAAUUCAUCCAGCCCUUUUUUCCUUUGUGAUGAAUCUGAGCUUGAAUCUCCCCUCUCUGAUUUGGGACGAGAAUUGGACCCUCCCUUGUUGAAUUCCUCUGAUGACCUCCUUUCAGAUUGUUGCAUGGACUCAUUGACCCCAGCAGAGAGUCCUUCGGUGCCUCUACAUGAAGAGAGUGGAGGCAUAGUGGAAGAUGGAAGCUUGCUGCCUCAUGGAGGAAAUUCCAGCCAUCCAGAAAUUCUCCUGGAAUCCGUAGGACUCACUCCAGAAUGCACAAUGGCACCAAACGACAAGGAAGGACUGAGUCCUUUAGACGCUUCUCCCAUAAUUACAUCCUCCCCAAAUGCUCCUCUGCAUUCAUUUAGUUUUGUCCCUAUUAGCAGCCCUGAUGGGCCUGUGCUUAUCCAAAAUCUGCGUAUUACUGGAACAAUCACUGCCCGGGAGCACAGUGGCACCGGCUCGCACCCAUAUACAUUGUAUACAAUCAAGUACGAUACCGCACUGGAUAAUCAGGCCCUUGGAAGUCUGCAGCCUAUGGCAUACCACACGGUCAACAGACGCUACCGCGAAUUCCUCAACUUACAAACUCGUUUAGAGGAGAAGGCUGAGCUGCGCAAGUUUGUGAAACACAUUAAAGGCCCUAAGAAGUUUCUUCCAGAUUUGCCAUUUGGAAACAUGGAUAGUGAGAAGGUCGAAGCGCGGAAGAGUCUGCUGGAGUCUUUUCUAAAGCAACUCUGCGCAGUGCCUGAGAUUGCCAGUAGUGAGGAAGUGCAGGAGUUUCUGGCACUGAACACUGAUGCCCGUAUUGCUUUUGUUAAGAAGCCUUUUCUGGUGUCGAGAAUAGACAAGAUUGUGGUAAAUGCCAUAGUGGACACUCUGAAGACUGCGUUCCCUCGUUCUGAGCCACAGAGUCCCACCGAUGAUCUGAGCGAGAAUGAGGUAGACGGGAAACCUCAGAAUGACAACAAAAAGACAAAAUCGCGCCUUCGAUUCCCGUCCAGUAAGAUUGCUCCAGUUCUGAGCUCAGCUGACUUGCAGGAGAGAAUUGCGUACUCUUUACGAGAGACCAGUACGGUGUCUGAUGCCCUGUCAGUAAGAGGGAUGGAAUCAUUUAUUCAGAAGCAGGAUAUGCUGCUAAAAGAAAGUGCUUCAGCCUGCGAGAGAGCGUCCGUUCUUUAUAUGACAGAGGAGACAAUUCCUUCUUCUCUGCAGCCUCGUAGAACAGGUUUGGGCGCUGGGCUAUCGGCUGUGGCUCUUGAGGUGCUGUGGAUGGUCAUGCGGGAGCAGUGGAGCUGGCUGUGCACAGAUAACAUGCAGAAACUCACCAGCCUACUCUGUGGAAGCCUUAUUGAAAGGUGGCUGGAUGUUCAGGUUGCAAAUGUCACCUGCAUGCAGCGCUGGGCUCUGUACCUCCGUUUGCUGCAGCAAGCCAUCUGGCCCGGAGGAUCUCUUCGAACACAUCCCCGGCCAGUAAGGACUCCGGAGCAAAAAGACGCAGCUCACGCCCAGGCCUUGCAGAGCCUAAUGGGCAUUUUACCAGAUUUAGUUCAGGAGAUGCUUGGAACGCAGAAAUGUCGACAAGUUUGGCAGUCAGUGCUUGACUCUCUCCAACACCCUCAGAUCAACAGACAUCUUCUUUACUGCAUAUGGGACAUUCUACUGGAAAGCGUGUCUUUAGAUUCUCCCUCAGAGACAUGUGUCCAUUCCACUCCUUCUCCUUAUCUUGAUCUUCGUAACAGAGAAUCCUGGCAAAGCGGCUGUUAACGCAGUCCAGAGUGUGCUGUAGUCAUAAGGGACUAUAGCAGUAGGAAAUGUUCAUCAAAUCCAUCAGCCCGGGCCUGCUGCGUGGACCAAGCAAGUAUUAUCCCCAUUCCUUUUGCCCAGAUCGGGCGAGAGACCUUGUCUGCUUAAAGAGUGGGGCCUUGUUCAGUGUGAAACCUCAGCUACUAGAUCACGCUGUACCUGACCGUUCUCAGAUUGUGAAUAUUGAGACUUUAAAUCGGGUUGACAUAAUGUCUUCAUGUAUUUUUAGUGCCCUUUAUAUCUGUUUCAGUCAGAUAUCUGACAUGAACACUGCUUCGCUGGAUGUGUGUAUGUGAAUAAGUUCCUUAAAGUCACACGGAUACCCUCAUAGUCCUGCAAUUGCACAAAUCUGCCCAGCAGAAAACCUGGCACCUGUUCUGUGUCCCCGUUCUGUCCCCACGCUCAGAUUAAAGGUGGACAAAUUACACACCUUGCACAUCCUUUCUUAUGCACUUACUCACUUGUAGAUUUACUUUUCCCCGCACACUCUAUCUUGCACUUCUAAGGUCCAAACCACUGUAUCUUUAAUGUGUCUAAACAUGAAUUAAUGUAGCACUUCUUUUCUAGAGACUCUCCCACACACUAAUGAAACCUCACAUUCCACAAAAAGCUAAUUGAGCACAAGUUAUGGGAUUCCCCCCAAGUGCUAUUCAAUAAACUGAUAAACAUAGCUCUCCAGCCCAGUACAGUAACUGAUGGUUGUUAUAUUGCACAAACAACUCCAUGAAUUUUAUACACCUUUCACUAGAACGCAUGAAUGAGGCGAUUAGCAUUCCCCUUCUUUUACCUUGUGCUAACAGCUUGAUUCCUGGUUUCUCUGAAUGGAAAGUAUAGUGGGGCUGUACAGAGAUUAGUCGAAAAUUGGCAUUUCGACUGCAAUCCCCAUUUUUCCUCUGCAGGGUCUUAUAGGGUAAGCACAUAGUCUAAAAGGGUUUUUCUCUGAACUCCAACUUUUUGAGAAUUGAAUCCGAAUGGAAAUGCUGGGACUGUAGCGGAAUUGGAGUCAUUUUCCUAAUCCGAUAUUUUUGCCUCAUUUUUUUUCAAUUAGGAUUUAAUUAGCAAAAAAGGUUGGAGUUUAGUAAAUAAUCCUGAAAAUCUUUUUGGGAUUCUGAAUAUUCACCGCAGAAAACGCAGAUUAAGGGAUUUUAAAUGGGAGUAUUUUAUAAAUGUAUUUAUUUCCAUUUUUAUGCAUUGUCCAUAUAAUGAGUUUAAAAAGACGGGCCAACUCCAUUCUGGACUGUUCAUUUAUACAAAAUAAAACCACUGAGGGAAGAAUU